GCUUCAUCGAGCGACAGCAGCAUCCCCAAGGAGCCUGGGUCUGAUCUUGGGCCUUGGCGGAAGGAGGAGUACAGCGUUAGGUGCUGCUGCUGGUGCUGCUGCUGCCGGUGCCGCCCUCGCCAACAAGCACUCCGUUCGAUCGCCUGUCUGCUCUACCAAAGUGCCGUUUGCGCCGAUUUGCCUGGACCCUAUCCCACACACCACUCUUCCUGGAACUCUAAUAAGCCGACUUUGAGCCCGACAUCGCCAUGGCCGCUCUCAUCCGCUCGCUCUGGGCCAUGGCCGUCCUGUGUGUUGUGCUGUCGCUAGCAGUCCACACCGAGGCCAUGAAAGACUCGCACCGGCUUCGGCUGAGGAACAAAGUCAAGGAGAUGUUUUACCAUGGCUACAACAGCUACAUGACGUACGCCUUUCCAAAAGACGAGCUCAAUCCCAUCAAGUGCAACGGCCGAGGUCCGGAUAACGAUCCAAACAACUGGAAUGUGAAUGACGUGCUCGGCGGCUAUUCGCUGACGCUGGUCGAUACUCUCGAUACGCUUGUGAUUAUGAACGACUUCAAGGGAUUCGAGACCGCGGUCAGGAAGACGAUCGAACAUGUACACUUUGAUCUGGAUUCUCGAGUCCAGGUCUUUGAAGUCACCAUCCGGAUGAUGGGUGGGCUGCUGUCAGCGCACAUCCUUGCCAGCGACCCUGCUUUUGGAUUCCGAAUCGACUGGUACUCUGGCGAGCUGCUGGCUCUGGCAACCAACCUUGCCGAUCGUCUUCUCCCGGCUUUCACCGAAAGCCCGACCGGAAUCCCGUUUCCCCGAGUCAAUUUACAACGGGGCGUGCUGUCCUAUGAGGCAAACGAGACUUGCACAGCCGGGGCCGGCACGCUGGUGCUGGAAAUGGGCGUUUUGAGCCGGCUCACCGGAAACGACGUUUACGAGAAUCUGGCCAGGCGGGCGCUUGACGAGCUGUGGAAGAGACGCACAAAGCUGAACCUUGUCGGCAACACCAUCGACGUUCAAACCGGAGAGUGGCUCGAAACUAUGGCCGGAAUCGGGGCCGGGAUUGAUUCCUUCUACGAGUACAUCUUCAAGGCAUACGUGCUCUUUGGUGAACAGCGAUACUUUGAUAUUUUUGCGACGGCCUAUUCUGCUGUCCAGCAGUAUCUCCCCGAUGCGGGCGGUCUGUUUUAUCGCAACGUACAUAUGGAGAAGGGCCACUUGCUGACGACGUGGAUUGAUUCGCUGUCGGCAUUCUGGCCCGGUCUACAAGUCCUCGUUGGCGAUGUCGAGCGAGCCAAGGUGCUCCACCAGCUCUACUUCACGAUAUGGAACAAGUACCACGGAAUGCCCGAGCGAUUUGACUAUUACCACCGAAAUCUCGCCAUACCUUCGUAUCCGCUACGGCCCGAGCUCAUCGAAUCGACGUAUAUGCUCUACCAGGCCACCAAGAACCCAUACUAUCUCGAAGUCGGAGAAAUCAUCCUCAAGGAUAUAGAGCGCCUUGCCCGCACCGAAUGCGGGUUCGCCUCGCUUGGCAACCUGUAUCUGAAACGCAAGGAAGACCGUAUGGAGAGCUUCUUUCUGAGUGAGACACUCAAGUAUCUGUACCUUCUGUUUGACACAGACAACUUUGUGAACCGAGUCGACAGCAACUUUGUGUUCACCACAGAGGGUCAUUUUCUGUCGCUACCUCGAAGACUCCUCAAGAACGCCAACGAGAGCUCGACGGCCCAGCACGUGUGCCCACAAGUCUCCCGCGAGCCUCUUCUCUCGAUGGCUCCAUAUCCCCUUCCAGUCAAUGUCUCUCAGAUUCACAAGAUCAACCAGGCUGUCGGUAUUGCCCACCUCGCUCCACCUCUGGGCGGCCGCGCCUCGAAAUACCCCUGGAUCGAUGACAAAUCAAGCCACCCGGCCCAAGCCCCUCUCCGAAUACAGCCAGAAAGCUUGCCGUCGUCGACCCCGGGGUCUCCAAACGCACCCAUUGAAAUCAAAAUCGUUCCCACCGGCCAUACUGGGCCACUGCUUGCUCCUGCGAUCCUGCGGAUUCCUGGCGGCUAUAUUGCCGAUACCCUGAAGGGGGCAACAGUCACUCUUGUGCAUGAGAACGGUGGCUAUAUCAUCACCAGAAUCGAAAACAUCGACAUCCAAAGUUCGGAGAGACUCUCUGUGCCCGCGAGCGGCGUCAAGUUCAUCAUUGGCGACGAGUACGAAAACAUCGACCCGGAUGAGGAGCUGCUGCCGGCGAUUUCGGUUAGUACUUUUACGGUCAGCGACUACGCAACCGAGCCGCUCGUCUUCCAAGCCACUCAGGGCUGGAUUGGCCCUCUUCUCGAAAAGACCCUCAAGCACGUCGAGAUCUAUCCGGUCUUGCAUCCCGAGGACAACACCGAUCAGGGAUGGUGGGAAGACCUGGAUGAUGGCUGUCAGCCCUUGCCACUGGCCCAUCUAGUCCCGAUACAAGGCCGAGUGAUUGUGUUGAAGCGCGGAAACUGCUCCUUCAGUGAGAAGAUAUACUGGGCUGAAGUUGCCGGGGCCAUCGGCAUCUUGGUUGUCAACCACGAAGAGCAGCUGAUGCACAUGACCGCAUCGGCUUCUGAGCGCUCGGCCUUGAUUCCGGAAUCACUCAAAAAUCUCAAAGCCAAAUCCGAGCGGCAACGGACGCUGGAGCAACAGCGACUUCUCUCGUUUGACAGCGGUAUCUACAGCGCCAUGGUCACUCUCGAGACAGGUUGGGCACUGGUUCACAGUUUUGCUAACCACCAGGUCACGAUGGCACAUCACAAUCAACCCGAGACGGUUCAUGGACUUCCAGCCACGCUUUCGCCUGUGCAGGCCGCUCCUCAUUCAGAGCCGCACCUGAAGACCAUCCAGUUCAAUCAGCAGCCCAUCCACAAUCUCGACGUUCUGUACCCACCGCGACCGCUCCCACUGCUGAAAAACAAGCCUUGGGCCUCGCGGAUGUUUGGAAAGGGCAAGGGGCUGCUGUUUGCGGGCCAGAGGCUGCGUUGCUUCAGGUUGUGUUCAUCCCGCAUUAACACCAGCUGCGGGUGAUGCUGUAAUUUGGAUAUCCAUACCAGAUGGAGCAAGAAGCAGUUCAAUAUACGUCCAUGGUAAACGUGA